GUCAGGUGUUGGUAACUUCCAAUUUCAGCAUGCCUUGGCUGUGUUGGGCUUCAACAUGUCCUUGAAGACAGACAGCCCGGGGAUAUAUCGCGAUUCCCUUUCGAACCGGUCCAUGCGGUAAAUGAACGAGGAGCAGCCAUGUUCAAUGGAAACCAGAGGUGGAAGAAUAACAUGAUCAGAUAAACAAAGGAGUUGUGAGGCAUAAAUACUAAACAUGGUUGAUGAGGUCGUGGAUCCCACAUGGUGUGAAGGGAUCUAGUAAAUUUCUUUGAAAGUCAGCAUCCCUUCCCGGUCACCAAAUGGACUGGAUGUCCAUAGGAACCCCCCUUGGAUUGGAUGCAAAUCUGCUCCUCUUGACACUUGGGUGCAUCCAUGAACCCGCUUCCGAAGUGUUCUGAAAGUAGCUGGGCCUGGCCUCCUUCACGUCGGGCCUUGGCAUGAAAGCUUUGGUGAAUGCCAUCAUCAACGCCUUCCUUCAGUAUGUCUUCCGGCCGCUGGAUCACUUCCUCUUCACGAAAGACCGCUACACCUCGCGCUUCAGUGCCUUGAGCCCGUUGGCCGCCUACUUCUCGGCGGCCCGGACCGCCUUAAACGGCCAUGCCUGGUAUCCAUAUCCGGUUUGCCCUGCAUGGACGGUGGGUCCAUACUGUAGCAAAUGCCCUGGGAACGCGGCCUUUUGGUGCGUGGAAUGCAACGCCCGGUUCUGCCCGGCGUGCGCGGCACGGUUUCAUCAUCCUGGACUCUACACUGAACAUCACUCCUUAGAGCCCAUCAAGAAAGAGAAGCAGCCGCGCUUGGCUGCCUUGCUCAUGAGCAACUUCUUAGUGGUGGGCGUCGCUCUGUAUUUGACCUCCUGCAUCACCAUCAGCCCAGACUAUUUGUCCUCCACCGACAUGUGCCCGGUGAUGAGCACCGCGCGGGUGUUGGCGACGCGGGUCGAUUCGAAACUCUUCUACUAUUACAAGGCAGACCUUGCCAAGUAUUGCAACAUGGAGGACUCCUUCUACAAGUUUUUCUUGGAUGGUUGGGUGCGUGGUGUGGUCACCGCAUCUGACGACACGCUGCUGGUGUUGACUUCCGCGGGGCCCGCGUACAUCAUGACCACGGUGCUGUCCAUCUUUUUGGUGCCCGUGGUGGCCGCCUGCUAUGGCGCCUUGAUGGGCGUGGCCCAUGCCAUCGACAGUCACCUGCCUCAGUCGCAGGGCCUCGCAGAUGCGGAGGAAUGGCUUCAGAGGUUUGACCUUUGCUCCAUCUUCGGCGGCCAGUGCACGGCACCCCCCUUGACCGAGCCACGCUUGCGCCCGAGUCUGGACUUCUAUGACAAAAUGAAGUACAAUAAGAACCGCAGGCUCAGGAUGUCCAACUACCAUGCAGCUGUGGCUCGAGAUGACCUGAACUACUGGGUGAACCGAUCAGUCCCAUGGUUCGUCGGUUUCAGACUUCUCUUGGUGUGGUGUCCCUUCGACCUGGCCUAUCUGCUGCGGGUGCUGUGUAGCUUCCUGGGAUUCGGCAAAACCAUUGAAGAGCACCAGACCUGGUUCAGCACACCAGUCGCAGGGAUGCUCUUCAGCGACGCCUUCAGUGUGUCGCUGCUGCGGAACCUCAACGCUGCGACCUCCGCCAUCCUAGCCUUGUUGCCCUUUGCCGAUGGCGUGAGUAACGCGAUCAUUUUCCUGUUCUUAAGCGUUCUUGCGGUGAUCGUGGGCUUCCUGAUCUUCCUGUACCUGAUCACCGAGCAACAGCGUGAGUACUACAGCAAAUGGACCGACGAGAGUGUGCAGCAGAAGACAGUGGGCUGCUGUGCCCGCGAGAGCUGCAAAUGCGAAUCGAUUCAAUUCUUCACCGAGAAAGCUGUACAGGAGUGAGGCCUGGACAAUAUGCUCGCGGCGAUCAUGCUUUGGCUGGCGUCUAAAGCUGGGUCGGCAUGGUCGCUUGCCACAGGUUCCUGUGGAAUUUUCCGGGAUUUGCAUGAAGAAGAAGAAUCUCUG